UUGGACGAAAAAAAAGAAUCAAUUAACUUCACAAAAAAGACUUAGGAACUGUUUCUGGUGCUUUCUACAUCGACGGAAGGCCCACGACAAUGUCUGCCCAAGCUCAAAUGAGAGCUUUGCUCGACCAGCUGAUGGGAACAGCGAGGGAUGGUUCAGUGUAUCUUUGCCAGCCUACAACAAUCUGCAAAGGAGUUGCAGAAAAGCCUCAUGUUCAUCGAGCCGUGAGUCACACAUAAUUUUUAAAGCUGUUAUGAUGAAUAUCCCAACCAUUUGUUUGCCUUCCGGAAGUUACUGUAGACUUUUUUUAAACACACAAAUGGGUAUAUCUUCAGUGGCACUAGAUAUUUAAUUUGGCGUAGUGUAAUGCAGCUUGUGCCAAGACGUCUGGUCGCGCAGAAUCCAAACGAGCAGUUCCUCUGUUUUCAGAAGGCAAUUUUAACAAACAUCCAGAAAAAAAACAACCACAACUUUGCACACAUCAUUUACAAUCUGACUUGUGUAUCACUCCCAACUUCUUACUACAGGUAUGGGCAAGAAAACUGUUCCCAUUUAUACUUUUCUACAGCGGGUUUAAAAUUCUGCAGCUGAGGUCUUGAAGAUGCAGAAGGGUACAGUAUGUGGUGCGGAUCGCAGCGAUGAGACGCGGCAGAUGGUCAAGUUCAGCGACGACCGAGUCUGCAAAAGUCAUCUUCUGAACUGCUGUCCACAUGACAUCCUGUCUGGAACUCGUAUGGACCUGGGAGAGUGCACGAAGAUCCAUGACCUGGCACUUCGGGCAGAUUAUGAAAUUGCUUCCAAGGAUAGAGAUAUGUUCUUUGAGCUUGACGCGGUGGAUCACCUGGAGUCGUUCAUUGCCGACUGUGACCGGAGGACAGAACUAGCCAAGAAGCGCCUGGCUGAGACCCAAGAGGAGAUCAGUGCUGAGGUGGCCGCAAAGGCAGAGAAGGUCCAUGAGCUGAAUGAGGAAAUAGGGAAGCUCCUGGCCAAGGCCGAGCAGCUCGGAGCUGAGGGGAACGUGGACGAGGCUCAGAAAGUCCUGCAGGAAGUGGAGAAGGUCCGAACUAAGAAGAAGGAUGCAGAGGAAGAGUACAGAAACUCCAUGCCAGCCUCCAGCUUCCAGCAGCAGAAGCUCCGGGUGUGCGAGGUGUGCUCCGCUUACUUGGGUCUCCAUGACAACGAUCGCCGUUUGGCCGACCAUUUUGGCGGGAAGCUUCAUCUGGGCUUCAUCCAGAUCAGAGAGAAACUGGACCAACUAAAGAAAACCGUGGUCGAGAAGCAGGAGACCAGGAACCAGGAGCGCCUGAAGAGACGAGAAGAGAGAGAGAAAGAGGAGAAGAUGAAGAAGACGACCAGAUCAAGCAGCAAAGAGCCGAAAAGAUCCCGUUCACGUGACCGCAAAAAGAAGCGCUCACGCUCCACGUCACGAGAGAAGCGGCGCUCGCGCUCCCGCUCCAGAGAGAGGAGGAGGCGGCACCGCAGCCGCUCCACCUCCCGCAGCCGAGGACACCGCCACAGCCACGAGCAGAGCUCCAGACACAAGUCGUCCCGGGACCGAGAGCGCUCCUCCAGAGAGCGGUCACGGGAGCGGGAGAAGAGGGAGGGGGUGAAGAGAGAGGGGGAGAAGAGGGAGGGGGUGAAGAGGGAGGGGGAGAACGGCCGGUCGGACUCCCGUCGGGGGGAGGACCGGGACACGGGGGACCUCUGAAGACCAAACUCCAUCCAUCACGACUCACAGCGUUCCUCCUGUCUCCCUCCCUGUCCGUCUGUCUGUCCAUUUCUAAAAAAGAAUAACCUAAUGUCACACAGUCCCGCCUCCAUCCCUCUGUUCUCCUCCUUUCUUUCUUUCCACAGUACCAGAAGUAUAACAUUUUCCAGAUCGAUCACAAGCAUUUGGAUUGGUGGGGAUUUAGAUAUUGAUCAGUAGUGGAGUGUAUUGUGAUGCCCAUAUCUGUGAUUUGGUUGCUGUCUGUAUCAAUACAUCUCCUGAUAAAUACCCUGCAUUGAACACAUAAACACACGGCCUGCCGGACUGAAGCUUAGAGUGUAACUGAUCCUUUUAUUAUUACCGUUUGAUACAGUCUGAAUAUCUUAUUUCUGAUUCUUUUGUAGGCCUUCAUUUUCCAUUUCUUUUUUAAAGAUUUAUUUCCACAAGCACCCAGAAAACUGCAGGAGUUGUUGAGUGCAGUUCAUGAAUGUCUAUCCACAUGUUUUCUUAGUUUAAGCCCUGUUAACGUUUUUAGGGAAUUCAGACCCAAAUGGUUUUUAAGUUGCGAGUUUAAGUACCAUCCUUAUGUUUCCUCAUGUCCCCUUUUUUCUGUUUAAACUUAACUAAGUUUUAUUUUACGCUGCCAGUAGUGAAGGGGGUCUUGUUGUUUUGAAGAGUAAAUGCUUGUUUGGAUUUGUUUUGGUGGCAUGUCUCUUUGUUUUCUCAUUUCUCCCCCUCUUGAUUUUCUUGUAUUUAAAACCCACACAGUUGUUGUUGUUGGCGUGUGAAGCAGCAGGUUCAGAAAUGAAUUGGAAAGUCGAUGCUAUAUCUGUACAUACAUUUUUAUUAGCGUUUCAUUUUGGCCCAGUUUCAACAAGUUCCUCUGAAUACAUUUAUAAUUGCAAACAGAUUGUAAUGGAUGCAUUGCUUUACCUUCUGUGUGAAGUCAUAUCUGUUUAUGUUCUGCUGGAAAUCUUUCUUUAAAAUCUCCAUUAAAACAAAUAUCGCCAUUUAAAUUUG